GGGGAGCCGGGCGGGUGCGACGGCCCCCGGCCCCGCCAAGCGUUCCUUCCCUCCCGCCGUCCUGCUGCAGGUACAUGUGCUCCCUCUCCCUCUUCCACUACUCGGAGUACCUGGUGACGGCCAUCAACAACCCGCGCAGCCUCUCGCUGGACUCCUUCCUGCUCAACCACAGCUUCGAGUACAACCUGGCCGCCCUCUCCUCCUGGGUGGAGUUCACGCUGGAGAAACUCCUCUUCCCAGAGCUGAAGCAGAUCACCUGGCUGAGUACUGUAGGGUUGUUGAUGGUGAUCUUUGGGGAUUGUCUGAGGAAAGCGGCCAUGCUCACAGCUGGCUCCAACUUCAACCAUAUUGUUCAGAAUGAGAAAUCGGAUACUCAUACUUUGGUGACAAGUGGGGUGUAUGGGUGGUUCCGGCACCCAUCUUACGUGGGAUGGUUUUACUGGAGUAUUGGAACACAGGUGUUGCUCUGCAAUCCCAUCUGCGUGGUGGGCUACGCGCUGGCGUCCUGGCGCUUCUUCAGGGAACGGAUCGAGGAGGAGGAGAUCACGCUCAUUCACUUCUUUGGAGAAGAGUACCUGGAGUACAAAAGGAAGGUGCCGUCGGGUCUCCCUUUUAUUAAAGGAGUCAAAGUGGAACUGUAAUGCAGGCAAAAGCCAGACUGGCUGAGCGAACGCCCAGCUCCAGGCGCCGCCGGGCGAGGGACGGUGCGUGGUGCUGGUGCCGGGAGUAGCCCGUUGGUAUUUCCCGGCUGCCCAGGAGGAGCUGGCAAAGGGCUGCGGCGCUGGGCAGCCUGCCGGGUCGCUAGCAGAUCAGAAGCUUGUUCAUCCUCCUCCAGAUAAGUCCUUCGCUGCACAUUCAGGGAUCUUCCAGAUAACUUAGCCUGUAGCGACCCUAACGAGAAUCGAACCCUCCUGCCUGCAGCAGCUGAAUUGUACCGAAACGCCUCCAGACCGAUUGUUCUGGAGAACAGCUCUGCCCUCCCGCCCCUGCGCAGGAAAGGCGCCGGUCAGCGGAUUGUUCCUCUGGCGUAAUUCGAUUUUAAAGCUUUUUGACCUUGCGAGCCAGGCAGCCAGCUUUAAUCUCUUAGGGCCUGAUUCUGCAAGCUGGCGCUCGGGUGGCUCGCAGGAGCAGGCCUCCAGCUCUCCACUCUUCGGGUGCAGGGGCUGCCUACCCUCUGCUUGCUGGAGAGCUGGCAGCGUGGCUCCAGUCAGUUCUCCCCCAGGUGUUAACGCUCACAGGGAGCCUUUUCCGCUCACCUCAUGCUGCUGGAUCGUGAGCCCCUCUGUGAAAUGCAGCAAGAGAGUGAGCCUGCUCCCUCCUCCCUCCACUGCUGCUGCGAAUUCAGGAGUCACCGUUUGAGCCGCUGCCUUCCCGACCCUCCCUGCCGACACCUCUGUUCCCACUUCCAAAUCGCGCUGCUUCCUAUCCUGCCAGGCUGCCUCUGUCCUGCAGAGAUCCCAGGAUUUUGGGUUGGGAAGGAACCGCAGCUGCCGGGCUUGCUGAGGGCUUUAGCGCUUGAGAUCCUUGCCUGCGUUUUGGGGCGAAACCUGGGAUAUCAGCGCAACUAGGAGAUGCUUCUAGGGAAAUUCUCCAAACAGGAAAAAAGUUUGGCUAGCUAACGCUAUUUUAAACGUUACCAUUUUGGAAAUGGUUCCUACUCGAGCUUUGUGGUAUAACUUAUUCUGUCAUUAUAUACCAAAGAGGUUCA